AUGAAAAGGGCGUCGCUGAAAGCGCGGCAGCAGACGUACCAACAAACGCCCGAGGAGACUGACCAACUCGAUACCAUUCUGGAUCUCGAGCUUCAGAGCACGUUCGACGUACCUCCACGCCACUACGAGCUGAUCUUCCUGGUGCAUGAGGGGCGCACAGACGAGACUCCCGCCAUCAUUGAGAAGAUCACAGAGAUGGUGAAGGAUGCUCGAGGCACAGUGUGGAGGGUGAACGACUGGGGCAUGAGGCGGCUGGCAUAUCGCAUUCAGAAGACGUGGCAGGCGCAGUAUAUUCUCAUGAACAUCGAGGUGCCAUCAGAUAAGAUCGCAGCGAUUGAGAAGGUGCUCCUGCAGGAUGAGAGGGUCAUUCGGCACCUUGUGUCGAAGCAGGACAAAGCGGAGAGGAAAAAUUACCCCGCUCCGGUGAUGUACAAUGCGGUUGGGAGCGGUGGGGAUGAGUCGGAUGAUGAGGAAGAGGAGGAUGAGGACGAGGAGGACGACGAAGAGGAUUGGGAGGAUGAGGAUGAGGAAGAGGAGGAUGAGGAGGAAGAGGAAGAGGGAGAGGAGGGGAGCGAGGGAAAGAGGUUACCAGCAGAGGAUAAGGCGGAGAGGAAAAAUUACCCCGCUCCGGUGAUGUACAAUGCGGUUGGGAGCGGUGGGGAUGGGUCGGAUGAUGAGGAGGAUGAGGAGGAUGAGGAGGAUGAGGAUGAGGAAGAGGAGGAGGAGGAGGAGGAGGAUGAAGAGGGGGAGGAGGAGAGCGAGGGAAAGAGGUUACCAGCAGAGAUCGACCCGUCAGUGCUUCAGUUUCAGAACCAGAAGCUGAGUCAGCAGCUGGAGGUCCAGAAAGAGCGAAUCCAUGAAUUGGAGUCGCGGUUCGAGGAUCUCAAGGCACGGCAGUCAGACUACGACGACACACUCAUGACAGUCAACAGCGCGUGGAACCAGCUAGUUGACGAUCUGGAGAUUCUGGCAGUUAAGGCGAAUGCUGGGCUUAACGGUCUUCAGCAAAUGUCUAACGCCACUCCCCUUGAAGAUAGAGGGGAUUCAGAUGGUCCUUCAGAAAGCAUUUUUCUUCGGAAGCUGUUACAAGCGAGUCCGAAGGUCGAGGAUGAAGGCAAUGCGAGGAAGAAGCUUCAUUCCGCGUUACAAGCUCGGAGCUCGCAAACGUAUAAGGUUCUCAAGUGCAUAGUGCAAGCCGUCGAUCAACAAAGACUACGAAACGAGGAAUUGGCAGUUUCGUUGAAAAAAAGUCUAAGUUCAGACGAAGCUGCAGAGCUCCUAAGAUCGACGCAUGAGGAGUUCAGAUCCGAAGUGUCGCACAUGCGAGCCAAGAUGGACGAGAUGCAUCUGCAGCACAGAAGCCUGUCGCUGGAGCUCUCGGAAAUUCGGGACUUGAACGCCAAGAGCCAGGCUGAAGUCCGGAGAGUUUCAGAUCAUCUGGAGGAUACCCUCAUGCAGCUGGAAUCGACGAGGCGGAAACUCGUCGCGGCGAAGCAGUCAGCUUCGUCGUCUGGGCCCGGCGCGUUUCCCGCGUCCCCGUCGCUUGUGAAGUCGGAUUCGAGAGACGGGGGGCAGGAGAGUAGGAUUGCGUCUGGGGAGGCCCGUGAGCUGGGAGCCGCACUUGAGGAAGCGAAGAAGCUUUCCGCUCAACGCUUGACCGAGAUUGAGGACAAGCAACAGACGAUACUGGAACUGAAUCAGAAGCUACGAGAGUAUCAGUCAGCGUCAGAGGACGAGCAGCGCAUCAAGUCGUCACGGCCCUACUCGAUUCUGGCGGAGCAGCUCAUCGCAGCCAGAGCAGAAGCUGAGAGGAACCGGUUGAUUCUAGAGCAGCUGCAAAGGGAGCGGGAUGCGAGCAGCCUGCGCGAGAAGGACAUGGCGUUCCGCGCGGAGGCGGGCGAUGCUGCGCGGAGGGCGUGCCAGCUGGCGGAGGCGAGGGUGGAGGAGCUAGAGAAGAAGCUGGAGCACGCGUGCAGGGAGCGCGACGUGCUGCAGCAGCGCUUGGAAGAGGCGCACUCAUCAUUGGGGAGGAAGGAGACGGUAGCGGAGCUCAAGGUGAUGAUAGCAACGCUGCACAAGGAGAUGAGCAUGAUGCAGGCGCAGCUCACCAAGCAUAAAGACGCAUCGCAGCAGCUCAUCACUCUCCGCGCCGACAACGAGUCCCUCAAGUCCAUUCUCAGUAGAAAGGCGAAAGAGAUAGAGCAACUAGGAAAACGAAUUUUGUCGCAAGCGUCAGAGCAGAAGGCGUUGAAGGCAGAGGUGGUGCAAUUGAAGAGCUCCGAGUGCGAGCUACAGAUGUUCAUGGACAUGUUCGAACGGGAAUCCACUGAUACCAGAGACAUGAAGGAAGUGAAAUCAGCGGAGGUGCGCGCGUUGGCGCAAGUGCAGCAGCUGCGCGCGGAGCUGGACGAGCACGGGCUGGCAUUGAGAGUGAAGGCCGCGAACGAGGCGGAGGCCGCUUGCCAGCAGCGGCUGGUGGCAGCAGAGGCGGAGAUCAGCCAGCUGCGGCAACAGCUGGACGAGACGGAGAAGAGAAUAGUGGAGCUGCAAGAAACAGUGAAGGCGAAGGAGGAGGAGGGAGAAGCGUACAUAACCGAGAUAGAGACCAUAGGAGCGGCCUACGAGGAGAUGCAGUCGCAGAACCGGCGGCUGCUGCAGCAGAUAUCGGAGAGGGACGAGUACAACACGCAGCUCAUAGCGGAGGGCGUCAAGGCCCGGCAGCUGCAGGCGUCGCUGCAGGCGGAGAAGCAGAGCAUGGAGACGCGCAUGCAGCACGCUACUGCUGCCGCGGACGUGCACAAGCAGCGGGUGGUGCGGUUGGAAGAGCAGGUGAAGGCGGCGUGGGAGCAGCUGGGGAAGGCGGUGGAGGAUGCGAGGGGCAUGGCGGGCAGUGUGGAGGCGGGCAAGAGGAAGCAGGCGGACAUGGAGCGGGAGACGGCGGCUGCUAGAGAGGCGAUGGAGGGGCUUCAGAAGGAUCUGACUGCGCGGAACACACAGAUGGUGGAGGUGGAGGAGAAACUGGAGAGUGAAAGGAACAAGCGGAGGCGAGUGGAGGAGGAGAGGGACUCUUUGUCGGCACGGCUGGCGAGGCUGGGGCAGUCGAUGGAGCGGGGAGGGGGGUCAGGGGGCCCAUCGGUGGAGCAGUUGCAGGAGGAGCUGCGGCAAUACAAGUCGAUCAUGAAGUGGUGA